CGUCUCGGUUUCGAGGUUACGUAUUGUAAAAUCAAAAUAAAGAGAAAAAAAAUGAUGACUUCGUUAACUGGGCGAAUUUUUGUCAAUAGUGCCAGCAUUUUAAAUGGUUUAUACAAAUCACAGUCAUUUACAAAAUGCAUUCGACAAAUGCAUUUAUUAACAAAUCAACCGCCUAUGGUUAUAUCACGCGUAGCAACACUUACAUCAAUACAAAAUCCAUGUUCUGCACUGAGUCCAAUUGUUUACAAUCCCGUACGAUUUAAAAAGAACAAACGCAGCAGCAAUCGAGAUGAGGAGGAAAAAGAUGAGGACAGUGAUGCAGAAGACGGUGAUGGGGAUCUUAGCGAAUUUAAAGAGGGUGACAAAUCAGAUAGACAUCUUGCUCAAGUCAAAGUACAAACGUUACGACUAGACACUGUGGUCAAAGCCGGUCUUGGACUACCCAAAAGGAAAAUUGAGAAAUUAUUCUACGAGAGCAAAAUUCGAAUCAAUGGCAAAAAAGUUGCCAAAAAAUCGAUGGAUAUUCUAAAAGAGUGUGAAAUUGACGUAAUCAAAGGACCCAGCCCCGAAAAUCCGGACUUUUUGUUAGUUAGUCGCAUCGAAAUUCUUCAAGUGAAAGCGGAGGGAUUAAACUUCGUCCUAACGAUUCGUCGUAACAAAAACCUCACAAUCGAAAACUAUGAAUAGUCAUUAAUUUAAAGAAAAAUGUGUACAAUUUAAACAUUGAUUUGAAAUUCGAUAUCGAAAUAAAUGCGUGAUAUUUUUUUAUUGGCGCAAAUUUUUGGUUAAAAAAAAACCAUACCUAUAGUAUGAAUUGCGGUGUUAAACCAAACAAAAGCUCAUGAUACUUGGUGACAAUGGCAGCGUCUCUGUUGAAAAUAGACGAAAAGAAAAUUAUGACUUGAAUCAAUUGUUAAGAAAUGAUAAUAAUUGUAUCAGUACUUAUAAUUUGUUGACAAAUGCAUUAGCUUCUUGAGAAUUGGUGGUGCCAGCCAUGGAUUGAACGCACGAAUGUGUGUAACAUACCCGAAAACGAUCGGAAAUACAAUAUGAAUAAUUUUGAUUUUGUCCAAUGGGAUCCAUGUCACAAAUGAUUUGAUUUGUUCGUAGUAGAGCUUCCAAUAAAUUUCAAUGAUGGUAAUGGCCGUAUGAGAGAAAAUCGAUUGAUCGGGAUACAAAUAGAAAACAAGACCGCACAGCAAUGAAGCCAGCUUAUUAUCUUUCUUCGAAACCUCUUCACUCAAAUAGAUGUUACGACGACUCAACCAACAAUUUAAAAACUGAAAUCGAUAUUGAUUAGAUAGAAAUUGAAAAUAAUGAUAAAAAUUUUCUUUCCGAUAGUAAUCUAGAGCAUACUCUGUAAAUUCCCACGUAACCAACUAAAAACAGCACCAAAUUCCAGUUUAACCGUUUAAAAAAGACUUCGAAAAAUUUUAACGGAUUCUUCAAUAUUAAGCUAUAGUUGUAAAUGAUAUUCCGGGCAAUCUCCAAACCAAGACCAAACUUGAAGAACUUUUUUAUACCCUUGGACAAUGACAAUGGCAAUUGAAUUGAAAUGUUAACGAAUAUUGAUUGAGAUAUUUUUGUUUUGUUUUUUAAGAAUUAGUAUGAAACUCACUUCAUAAAUGUAAGAGUCACAAUUCAUUUCAUGUGCACAGCAUUUGAUUUGUGAGCGAACAAUGGGCGAUAGUUUAUCCAUGUAUUGACUCUCUUCGUAGAAUUCAUGAUAGUCGGUCUUUGGUUUUAGCGGUUGGGUCAACCAAUAAAAUCGACCGCUUCGAUUCUCUCUCAAUCCAUGCAUCAGCGUUGCAUUCAACAGCAUGAAUGCAAUUGUAAUUGCCCAACGGGAAUUACGCAAAAUUCGAAAAAUAUAAAAAUCACCACGCAAAAGUGAAACUUGGAACGCCUAGAUUUAAUGAAAUUCAGUGGAUGAAAACCGAUCAUAAGAUGCUUGUUGAAAAUUAAAUCGAAAAAUGUAAGAAAAUAAAUAAAUAUGACAAGAAAGGAGAGUAAGAUAUCACUUACAACUGUUGACAGACCAUGAGCAUAAUGGUAAUUGGCGCGUUCAGCUAAUACCCAACUGCUAAUAAAUGCACCCAAACCAGAUGGAACGGCCAAAACAGUCGGAUAGUAGAAGCAUCCAAAUAAUUUUCUUCAAAAAAUAAAACACAACGGUUUUUUAUCUGA